AUGGAUCCCCCUCGGACGUCCCACGGGGUUAAGGAUGGCUUGCUGCUCGAUCCAGCGGCCUCCUGUGCGGAGGCACCCUCCAAUAACACCGACAGCAGCAGCAGCAGUACCACAUCAGCUGCCCUAUUUUCGCCCACAACACAGGCAUUGUUUGCUGGGGGGGCCUCCCCCGAAGAGGCGUUGGCUGCUUCCGCCGAAGGCUUGUGGAGGGGAUACUUGUGUGGGCAGCUGGUAAAUGUGACGAAAGCGGCUUUGUGGUGGUCUUCUUUUGGGGUCCUGUCGGUAUCUCUAUUGGGGAAUCCCCUGGGUGUCGGAGUGCUUCGGGGGGCCUUCAACAUGGCUCUCGUGUUACUCUCACCCUUAGCCUCAGCUGCAGCGGAGAGGAUCUCGAUGUGGCGUUUACUGCUCGUAACAACGGCUUCUCGCUGGUUCAUUUGGAGUGUAGCCGUACCGGCCGCUUGGCUGUGGCUAUUCGUGUAUCUCGACAGGCCACUGGUGUUUUGGGGGGUUGCAGGAACUCUCGUUUUCUUAGACGGAGCUCAUGUGGCGUUCGCAAAUGUUGUGGAUAUGGAUUGUGGGGGUCUCGAUUCGCUUGCGGCACAGACUGGGAUCCCUAUUUGGGAGAGCCUUAGAGAGAGAUUCAACAAGCUUCAUCGCAUCACGUUUGAUGUGUCGUUUAUCCUCUUUACACCUCCGGUGGCACUGCUGAUGGUCGCCCUUGUGCCGCUUUGUCCCCUCCCGGCUCCCCUUGCAGACCUGCUCAGCAUGCAUAAAGGACUCCACCAGCGCGUGGGCCUCAUUGGGAGCCAGGCAGUUGUCUUUGGGGCCCUCUCCUGCCUCUCUCUGUGUUUCUAUAUCUGCGGAAGGCCCUCUCGACGUGGCAUUUCCUUUGGUCGGGGAAAUGCGGCUGGAUCUUUGCCGCAAGAGGGGAUCAACGCUUCAAGACAUGGGGGCACCGAGUGGGAAGGAGCUCCUGGAGGCAGUCUUUGUAGUGAGGACUCCUUUACCGAAUGUUCUGGGGAAAGUGAAGCCCCUUCCUUGUGUAGGGAGACGGUGUUGCGCAUUGCAGAGAUCAAAGAAGGCUGUUCCGCGGUUCUUAGUAAUAGGCCGCUAGCGUGGCGCGUGCUGUUUUUGGCCAUGGAAACAGCUCUAGAGGACGCUGUUGUCUCAGUUGUACUGCCUCUCCUCUCUCUCUAUACACCCCAGCUCUUUGCCGCCACACCCGGCGAUGCACUCACCGCAAAUGCAUGGGCUGCAGCUCUUAUCGCGGCUGGAAAAGCGGGGGGGUGCCUGACAGGGGCCGUUAUGGGUCCCUUCUGGAGGACUCCGGAAGCCCCCACACGCCGUAGCCGGUAUAAGGCUCUAUUUUGGAGUGUUUUUGCUUCUGUAGCAGCCUUGCUGUUGAUACCAGGCGCCCUGUUGCUACACGAAAUGGGCGUCCUUCGAUGGUGCUGCAUUCUGAUGAUAUUCGUCUCCUCCUUUCUCUUCUUCGCAUGCAGCGCGGCCCCUAAAAUGGGAUUUGCUGCACUGCUGCAAGGUCUUGUGUCUUCUCAGCAGCUUGCAUGCAAGGUCUUUGGGUUUGUCGGGGUCUUCGUUACGGUUGUUGACGCCGUGGUGAUUUUGAGCAUCAACGCACUCUUCGCGUGCCUUCUUCCAAAGGGACCUCUUAUUGCUACAGCAGCUGUCUGCCUUUUCUUCCUCAUACACGGCCUUCUUGAGGCCACACUGGGCCCCUUCCUGGUAUUAGAGGGGCAGGAAAAUGAGGAUGAAGUCGAGAGAGCCCUCGAAAGAGACGCAGGGGCACUGCGGCAACCUUACAACAACCCUACUCAUUUGGAUCGACACGCCGUUGGUGGGCAUACACCACAACAGAUGGAAGCCUUCGUCCAUAGGGACAGGUCAGCGCCCUCUACGGCGUGCACCAGCACGUGA